UGUUUCGUUAUUGGUCAGUCUUCCCAUUUAACCCAAUAGGAUGGCUGGCAGCUUAAAUUAGGCCUGCCUUAACCCGCCAUCUUGCUGCUUGUUGGGUCGGUGGCUGAGCUGGACUUUUUCCUGCCGAAAAGGAUUUAGUUAUGCCGCAUUAUCAGACCUGGGAGGAGUUCAGCCGCGCAGCCGAAAAGCUGUACUUGUCUGACCCUAUGAAGGUGCGUGUGGUACUCAAAUACCGACACUGUGAUGGAAAUCUUUGCAUCAAAGUAACAGAUGAUGCAGUUUGUCUUCUCUAUAGGACAGACCAGGCUCAAGAUGUAAAGAAGAUUGAGAAAUUCCACAGUCAACUAAUGCGACUCAUGGUAGCCAGAGAAUCCCGCAGUGUUGCCAUGGAAACGGACUGAAUAGCUGGAGAUAAAAUGAAUGCUCAGUCAUCUUUUCACAGGAAGAAAACCUCUUGGGUUUGGGCAAAUUUUGGAACAGAACAAAUGUGGCAUCAAGUGGAUUAUUAAAGUCUAAAGUGGGUUUGUGAGGAUUUCCAGGCUCCACUUCAGAGUGGCUAGGAAAUGUUUUGCUUUCAUAAGAAAGCCUCUAUUUAUUUUUUUUAAUUUGAGCAAAUAAAUGUCUUCUACAGAAAAAUACUAAAGGUUAAAGUAUUUUAGGCCAUAUUUGGGCAUCUUCUAGUGUAAAUACUGGGUUCUGUGUAUAAAAACCAAAAAAGGUGCAUUGUAAGAUGCCAUUUAUACAGAAGGACUUCUGAUUACUUGUUCUCGUUUGCUAACACAAAAAGAAUGACUAGUUUCUGAAGUAAGCUUUAUAUAUUAAUAUAUUAGUAAUAGCACCUUCCAAAAUAAAUUAAAAUUGCCAAAUUGUGGAUAAUUUCAUGCAUCUGACCUGUUGCAUUCGGAACUGGUGUUUUCCCUUAAGUUACUCAUUGUCCCGUGUCUGUUCAGUAGCCAUAUGAAAAAAGUAACUGUUUCUAGAAAUAAAUUCAGUAUACUUCUAGGGCUUACUGUUAGGAAAGAUGGUGAAUAGAUACAUACCUCAAAAGCUGAGCCUCACAAAGAAGGCCAUAUGCCAAACUUAUUCUGGUUGCCUUUUAUUUUUAAGCUAAGACACAUGCACAGCUUUUAGAGCGACCACCACAAAGAUUAAUCUCCUACACUACCCAUUCUAUAAGCGAUAUGGUGGUUCCUAUCUUGUGAACUUUAAAUUUCUCGUUAUUGAAUUGUUGUUGCUUAAUACUAACUUUAAGCCUAUGCUGGGGUAUUCCAUAUUCAGUGUAAUAGUCCCACUAUAGAUAGUAUAGAGUUCUACCGAUCAGAACGUCUGUGUUGGUGCUAAAUCAAUCAAGAGAUCUGUCUUAUACUGUCUUUCUGAAUAUCACUUACUCACAUUUCAGGGAAGCAUGUUACCCUAAUGUGAUAGAGAAACCAACCUUUACAGGCUGCUGAUACAAGUUGGUGUACUGUUAUUACCCCACUUGGGGUAUUGAUUAAAAGGUCAGCAAAAUAACAUAUUUGGCAGUACAGUUGCUUCUCCUAAUGUUUCUGCUGUCUCUAAUGUAAGUUUGAAUAUAUGCUUUACAUAUUUAUUGGUGCCAUCAUUCCAUGGCAGUUGACUUUCAGCUAUAUUUGCAGCUGGCAUGCUAUAGACUCUGAAGUGGCUGUAACAAUCAUAUUGAAAGUUAACCUGUCAAGAUUCAAAGACUGGCAUAUCUCUCAAAGUCUGUGUGUUCUGUUUUGUGUGUGUGUUUUGCAAACAGUAUAGUAAUCUUUGUAUGAAGGCAGAAAUCAAAUGGAAUCCUGGAAGUAUCUUAUGCAUGCACAAGCCAUUCUUUGUGGUUGUGCUGGCAUGUCUGUUCAUUGAAAGAAGCAAGGCAGUUAAAUGUCUUGAGAAUGCACAGCCUGCAGCUGGUCAUUCCCUUUGGCUUGGCGAGACCUGCACAAGGAAAGAAUAGCAAGUGACAAAAAGGCAAGUAGAUGGGAAUAAGUAGUGUUUGCAGCUAUCAUCUUAAGUUUGUAUUUCUUUGUAAUGUAAUAGCUUUUUGUUGCCAAGAGUCCUAAUUCUUGCCAAGCCGUACUCAGUCUGUAUAAAGGAUAUCUGCUGGGCUUUUCACCUGAAGAAUCUUAGGGUCUGAAACUUCAUAGACUUUUAUAUAAUGGGGAUCAGAUUCCAGGGUGAAAAAUACAAAGCAGUUCACACAGGCAUACUUUGUG